AUGGAGAAAGACAAGGUGCAAGCAAUCAUGGACUGGCCUGAACCCCAAAAUGUGAAACAGGUGCAAUCAUUCCUAGGCUUUGCAAACUUCUACCAAGGAGCAACCAUGGAUUGGCAAGAAGAACAGAAGGCUGCAUUUGACGCAAUCAAGGCUGAGAUUUGCAAGGAGCCUGUUCUAGUCACCCUGAUGAAUCUAAACCUUACACCUUGGAAACAGACGCUUCUGGAGCAGCCAUGGGCUGUACUAUCUCAGAGAAUGGAAGAUGGUUCUACAUCCUGUUGCAUUCAUGAACUACUGGCUAUCAUUCGAGCAUUUGAGCACUGGAGAAUCUUUCUGGAAGGAACUGAGCAGCCAAUCACUGUGUUUACUGAUCACAAGAAUCUGGAGUACUGGAAAUCAGCUAGAACCUUCAACAGGCGUCAUGCGCGCUGGCAUCUCAUGCUGGCGUCUUACAACUUUGUCAUUGCUUACCGGCCUGGGAAACAGUCACAGAAACCUGACGCCCUGUCAAGACAAUCAGAUCACAUGGACUUAGAACCAGCUCCACAAAUUAUGAUCCCAGAAUCUCAUUUGAGGCAUUUUCAGCACACAUAG